AAAGUAGUUAAAGGUAGUAAACAUCAAUUGUAUUAGAUACACAAAUUUCAAAACUAUAGUUUUUGUUUUUUUUUUAAAUGGAAUAGAAAUAUGUAUAGUAUUGUUUUCUAUAAUAUCUCAACUUGUAUUGGAGAUAGUUUAUUAAUGAUCAGAUGAAAUAUCUUUCAAAAGUAUUGUAACAUUUAUAAUUGAGAUGGCCAAAUGGAGAAUUAUAGGUUUUUUUCUCUGUGCACCCAUUUAUGUGUGUGUAAACUCUCUUUGCGUGCGUGUGCGUGUGUGCGAGAGAGAAUCCUGACUCUUGCUAUCCUCACCACCAUCACCAUUGAAAGCGAAGUACUCGAUCCGCCCCUCGAUAAUCGAUAUUUACUAACCCACCCACUAACGCUCAUCGAUCGCUCGCCCUCUCUCUUUCUCUCAUGCUCUCACUCUCUCGCUCUAACAACGUACUAAUCCGAAAACGUAGUGUAUGAACCUACAUAUGUGUAACCUAAUAUAUAACCCAUAUAUCAUUGAUGUGUAAGCGAAUGCCAGACCUCUUUCUCUGAACUCAACUAAAACUGAACUCAAAUAUCGCCUGCUCGCUCGUUCGCUAAGUCUAUCCCACUCCCACUCUCUGCUCCAGAUCUGUGCCUAUUGACCCCCCCUUCCCCACACACACUCUUUCUCUCUCUCUCUCUCUACAGUUAAGUCUCAAUAAGUUUUCUUGUAAAACUUUUGCUAGUCUUCCGAACCAACCCCUUUCUUCGCAUUACUUAACUCAUUUAUUAAGUGUGGAAAAGCGUUUGAUGGGAUUUUGCAUUUAUUAGACAUACAUACGCAUAAGAUAUGUACGCGUGGUCAUGCAGUGGGAGGUGCCACUGUAGCCCAGCGAAAUGAAGGAAUGAGGUGUCUUGGCUGGGUAUAGGUUUUACCACUUUCUGUUCUAGUUUCGGUUCAUUUUUGGCAAAGGGCAACUUAAAAAGUUUGUCCUAGCUAAACAAGUUGAUGCCAACAGACACACACACUUACAGACACUCGCACACCCUCUUAAGCACACACACACACUCGGGCAAACACACACAUGCUUAUAUGUAAGGGUGUAAGAGGAACUUUUGCUUGAAAAAUCUCAGCAAACAGCCAAAGUUAAAGUGGCUUUUGGCAGUGUGCGUUUGAAUCGAUAUGUUUAAGCUGCUGACUGCAAUGUAGGCGAACUUUUGACACAAAUACACCAACACACACACUCACACAGAAAGAAGCUACAGUGACGUAGUCAGUGGGUUUGAAAACCCUCUUUCAUAAAUUACUGUAUUCUUACCAUCCAUCAAGUUUGUUAUGUAGUGAUUGACAACUGUUGCCAACUGUUUCUUCUCAACUUAAUUUAACGAAUAUUGCCUUUUACGACUAAAAAAGUGAAUUCAAGGAACUUUGUAAUUAGUCCUUGUAAUUAAUCCCCUUGAAAAAGCCAUCGUACGCCACUGGCAGGGGCACCACAUUGCGCCUAUGCAUAUGCCAAUGCCACAAAGUACGCCAACCACCCAGAUUCUCUUUGGCAUUGUGCAUGGCAAAUGGGAAAUUGCCUUCUGACUGACAACUUACAAAGAAUUUGAAUUUAGAAAAUUGCAAAUUUAUGUAGAAGCCAAGUGAACAACACACAACACACUCAUUGGUAGCCUAGAAUUUAUGCACCCUCCAGGUCCGAUUGGAUGUCACCAUCUAGUUUUAUCCUCGUUUUUUUGUCUUUUUUUUUUGUUUUUUUUUUUGGCCAACGAAAUGGCAUGCACUUGGCAGCGGGCACAGUGAGGCCUGCUAUAUAUAGAAACCUUGCCAGAGCCUGCUUCCGUAUGUUUCCCUAGUCGUAUGCUUAAGUAAGUCCCUUACAAGCAACUUUGAUUCGCAAUCAAAUUCAUUUGUUCGAUUCCGGCAAUUGUGUUUUGAUUUGCAAGCACUUGAAAUGCGGCUCACAUCCGGUGGCGUCGUCCGAUAUUUUCGUAUUUUCGUCUUUAUUGCAUUGUCAGCAGCCCAAGUUGCUCAUUAACUUGGAUGACCCAAAUAAUUGGGGUAUUAGCCAUGGCUAAUAAGCCAUCUACACGCUCGCGCUGGGUGUCGAAAAAAAAAGGAGAAAUUGUAGUCGGGAAGUUUACGAGCAGGAGUUUGGUUUAAGUGCCACUGAAAUGUCUCUUGGUGGGUUUAAAAUUUUUGUACAGCAAUUUUAUGUGAGUUUUUAUCAAGUCAUUCGCGAGAAUAAUUUUCAUUCUUUUACGCAAUUUAUUGCUGAAAAAUCAUACUGAUUGGAAAAAAGAAUGCGAGUUUUAUGUUUUACUUGAAAUUUAUAUUGCCUAUGCAUAAGAGUUAAUAGGUGGAGCUCAAACUACUUAAAUAAAACAACUCAAUCCAGAAAAUAGUUAUAACUACAAAAUAUCACAAGUAAACACCUUUAAAUUCAUUGACCUUAUAAAAAGUUAAAGAGCAUCAUUUCCAACUUGAUUUAUGUAUAUUACAACUUUCUGUCCACAAUUACUUUGAGCGCAUCCUUAGAUUUCCGUGACAUCCUGACACGUUUUAAAAUCCAGCUGGCUGGCGAAAAGUGUAGCAUACUUUUGUGGGGUGCCAAGUGUCCCAAGGCGGUUAUAAAUUUAUCCCCAUCAGGCAUAAGGCAUCAGGGGUGAAGAAAGAGAGGUGGGCAGCUGGAGAACGUUUGGCCAAAUGACUCGACGCAAUUUUUCAAUUGUUAUUUCAUCCGCCAUGUGCGCCCAGUCAGUCAAGUGGCGAACCGAACGCAAUGGUUUAGCAUUCCGGACGGUCACGGCCUGCGGCCAGCGGGUUGAUGGCCACAAAAACCGAUAACCGGGAACCGAAAGCCAAACCAGAGAUGAAAAGCAGAACCAGGGAACUCAGAUCCGAGAAUCGUGGCGAAGGCGUUAAUUGAAAUCCGGCUUAGGAGCCGAAUCGCCGGUUAACCCGAGGCGGCCCCAAAUCGGACAUCAUGCAGCCAUUAAACAAUAACACUUUUGCCAACCACAUAUGGGUUAACAAACACACACACACACACACGGGGGCGUUGAACAAACAGGAGAGUCCUUUAACAUUUCGCUGGAUGAUUUGUUGUGCAAUAAAGAAUGCCAUUUAAUACCGGGCCCAGCUCUUUAACCUUUUCGAACCAGAUUACCAACCCGAAACACAUCGACUCGAAUGGAAUCGAAUCGAAACGAAUCCAGUCGAGAAACGGGGAAUUGGCAAGCGCCAAAACUAACAAGCUCAUUCGCAAUUUAUAUUAAAUCGAAAGUCCACAAAUGGUUCAGCUGACCCCAAAAACAACAAUGGGGUCAUCCGCAGAUAUACGCACACACGUACACGCAUUUCUACACAUACAUUCAGUGGCCCAUUAAACGGGGGUUUUUUGGCUUUUGGGGCUACAAAUAAAUGAGUCUAUUGAUUAAAUGCUAGAAAUGUAAUUCAAACAGAAAAUAUGAUAUAUCAGUAGGUUUUCAAUCAUUAGGAAGGUAUUUAUUAUUGAGAAUCAACUUUUAAGUGGGGAGCUAGCCAUGUAAUAUCUAAGAACCCCUUUUUCUGCGGACGCCACUGUGUGUAGGUAUUAUAUUUAGUAUAUAGCGACUAUAGAGCGGUGUAAUCUUAUCGUGCAGCAAGCCUUUUUCCGCUUGGCUUGGGAUGGACAGUGAUGGGUUAAAAGGGGGCCCGUAUCACCCAGAUCCAUGCAUAUGUAUAUGUGUGUGUGUGUGUGUGUGUGUGUGCCUCCAUAUCUGUUUGUGUUCAGCGUCUCUCUCACCCACUCCAGCCCUCUCGCUCACUCCCUCUCUAUGUCUCUGUCUCUGACUCUAUCUCUGUCUCUGUCUCUUGGACUUUUUGCCAAUCUAUUUCUAUCGAGUUCUCUUUACUAUUGCCUCCUCGAAAACAUUACAAUACAAAAUAAAUACAAAACGAUAAUAUGUUAAACAACAACCCAAAAAAAAAAUAAAGAACAAAAAUAAAAGUACAAAAGAAACAGCAAGAAACAAAAAGAAAAUGAAAUACUUUCAAAACUCGUUUAGGAAAUCGCGUAUCGGAGAUGGAGCUUCAGAUCCAGAUUCCGAUUGGUAAGUUUAUUCUCUUGCGUUCCUUAUGAUUUCUCGGUUUUGUCUCUGCACACCAAUACGCAAACACCAAAUACAUACACAUAGACACAGAUGACACGCACACUUACACUUACACAUGCACUUACACACGCAUAGCUUUGUUCUGCUUUUGAUUUGAUUAUGAUUGUGAUUAUGAUGAUGAUGGUCAUGCUGUUAUUGAUGAUGAUAAUGACGAUGAUCGGCAUGUGCGCGCUUUGCAUUUGAAUAGGCCGCAAAAACAGCAAGACAUACAUAUAAAGCAUAUAGAAGUAACUCCAUACAUAUAGAGAACAUAUAAACAAUAGAGUAGGGUUUUGGCGUUUUGCGACCUGCGGAGUUUCCAAAACCGCAGCUCCACUACAACACCACCACCACCACCACCACCACACAGACUUUUGGGCCAAAGAUCCGACAGCAGUAACACCCUGUAAAAAGCCACAACACUUUGUAGGGCGAAUAUACACCCACCCAGCCAACCACCCAAUGAACCGACACACUUAGACACACCUAUACACCCACACCUAUACUCCUACACUGACGGCAACCACACCUAUAGCUAUCAUUGUUUUCCUUUGAUUUGUCUUUUGUUUAGCUAACUGCAUUGCUACCAAAUCGCUUUCGUUUUUCGUACCUCAUCGUGUACCACACGACGUAUGCGUAAUAAUUUAGCCACCGCUGUAAAUAGACCAAUGAAACUAGCUAAAACAAAAUAAACAAAAAAAAAAUCGAAAAAGAAAAUGAAAAUUCGAAAUUAAAACCAAGCAAGCCCUAAACGAUAACAAAAAUAAAAUACCAAACAAAAUACAAUACAUUUAUCCCGUAGCCUGGCAUUUGAUAUGCUGAAUGCGAAUAAUAAUUGUGCAUAAAUUAAGCCCAACCAAAAACAAUUAACGCAUCAGCAACAUCCCCAAUAUCGAACUGUACAUAAGCAAUGUAUAUAUAUAUAUGUAUAUAUAGCCACAUCCAUUGUGUACAUCAUGCAAAUAAACACCUAGUACUAGAUGCUAUAGCAGAACAGACGAUUGAAUGGCGACCCUGAGCGGCUUGAGCAAAAGUUUAAAGUGGACACGAUCGAACCAGCGCUGGAUGAAGCUACGCACCACCGUGCAGAUCUCAUCGGCGAUACAGAAGAAACCACCUCUCAAGCGCGAAGACUCCUUCCUAAAGCGUUUCUCGACUAGACAGAUACCCGAAACACAGGAAACUGUUGAAGAUACGGGUUCAGAAAGUGCCUCUGGUGACGUCGACAAGAGUGUGAAACGACGACGACGCUAUCUGCAGAAACGACGAUCCGUUGUUAAUCCAGAUGAAAAUUUUUACUUCUAUUGGUUAAUGAUGUUAACUGUAUGUGUUCUAUAUAAUCUAUGGACCCUAAUUGUGAGGCAGAGCUUUCCUGAACUGCAGCAAUCUGUGCCCACGUUUUGGCUCAUCUGCGAUUCGAUGACAGAUGUUGUAUUUAUCUUAGAUAUAAUAGUUCAAUUACGCACAGGCUAUCUGGAGCAGGGCCUAAUGGUAUACGACGACAGGAAGCUGGCCUGUCACUAUGUUCACUCGCGCGACUUUAUCUUCGAUAUGAUAGCGCUGAUACCAUUGGAUCUGCUGCAGCUCAAGAUGGGCACACAUCCGCUCUUGCGUUUUACGCGCUUUUUUAAAGUUUAUCGAUCUGUGAGAUUUUAUUACAUCGUAGAAAGUAGAACAGUUUGGCCAAAUUUAUGGCGCGUUGUUAACCUAAUUCAUAUCCUGUUAAUACUGGCACACUGGUUCGGUUGUUUCUAUUUUUUACUCUCCGAGGCGGAGGGCUUUCAGGGCGACUGGGUGUAUCCGUAUCGACCCGGGGACUACGCCACCCUGACGCGAAAGUAUCUGGGCAGCCUGUACUGGUCGACCCUGACACUGACGACCAUUGGGGAUCUGCCCACGCCCGAAACGAAUGCAGAACCGAACUUUUCGGUGGACGGCCCACGAUCAAUUCCGCGGCGUGGCAUUAAAUCGCGCCUACUUCAAUUUGGCUCUAGUUAUGGAUAUAUUUUUACGAUCGUUAGCUAUUUGAUUGGUGUUUUUAUCUUCGCCACCAUUGUGGGCCAAGUGGGCAAUGUGAUAACGAACCGAAAUGCGAAUCGCCUGGAGUUCGAGCGCCUGCUGGAUGGGGCCAAGACCUAUAUGCGGCACCACAAGGUGCCCGGAGGGAUGAAGCGUCGCGUGCUGCGGUGGUACGACUACAGUUGGUCCCGCGGCAGGAUACAGGGUGGCGGUGACAUCAAUACCGCACUGGGGCUCCUGCCCGACAAGCUGAAAACCGAAUUGGCCUUACAUGUCAACCUGAGCGUGCUGAAGAAGGUGACCAUAUUCCAAGAGUGCCAGCCCGAGUUCCUUCACGAUCUCGUGCUCAAGAUGAAGGCCUACAUCUUCACGCCGGGCGACUCCAUUUGCCGCAAGGGCGAGGUGGCCCGCGAGAUGUUCAUCAUUGCCGAUGGCAUCCUGGAGGUGCUGAGCGAGACGGGCAAGGUUCUAACCACCAUGAAGGCUGGCGAUUUUUUUGGCGAGAUCGGCAUCCUCAAUCUGGACGGGCUGAACAAACGCACAGCGGAUGUGCGCUCCGUGGGCUAUUCGGAGCUCUUCUCCCUGUCCCGCGAGGAUGUCCUGGCAGCCAUGAAGGACUACCCCGAUGCCCAGGAGAUCCUGCAGACCCUCGGCCGCAAGCGGCUGAUGGAGGUGCGCUGCGUGAACAAGAAGUAUGCCAAGGCGCAGAGCGACAAGGAGGCGGCCGCCUAUGCGGCAGCACAUCCUCAUCACCACCAGAGCCACCACCAGGGUCAGGUGCACCAGAGUGACAGCAGCGAGAACAGUGCCUCCAAGAAGAUCGUGGACAAGCUGAAGCACGACGUCAAGGGAUUCCGCAACGUGCUGAAAAAGUCCAGGACCUCGCGCAAAAGCGAUGAAUCCCUGGAGAUGCAGCCGCUGCACAACACCUCGCCGCGCGGCAGCAAGAUCCUGCUGAAGCGCAUGUCGCGCGUUCGAUCGGACGAAAAGGAUGCGGAUAGUGCCGAGGCCAAGGACGAGUUGCACGACAAAACGCCCAGUCCGAUUGGGGCGGGACUGCCCCUGCUGCAGCGCCUCCGGCUCCUCAAGGAGAAGCAGGAUCGCGAAGAGCGAGCUGUUAAGUCCACACCACCACAGAAAUCUCCACCUCACUCACAUGUAACGUGUACGUUAUCGCCGCAGGAAUCGAUCCAGGAGGAGCCCGAACGCGAAUUCAGCGAAGGCUUUCCCCUGAUCCAGCGACUCCAGCAGUUGAAAAUUAAGAACGAGCCGCAGGCAAACGCCGCCGAACCCGGCGUCGUCAUGGUCAACACGCCGCCCAACAUCAGCAGCAAAAUAGAUUCGCAUUUCGGUGCCGGCCAGGCGGGUGGAUCGCAUCCCGGCUCGAAUGGUGGAGCCAUCUCGGGCAUCUCGGCACCGGGACAAUCGCUGACGGUGGCCCAGAUCAAGCCCAUCAUGAAGGUGUCCUUCAAGCAGAAGAUCCAGCAGCUGCAGGCCGGCGGCGGAGGAGCCAGCAGUUCUCCGGGUCCAAGCACGGGAGCCAUUGCCAAAAAGGAGCCACCCAAAUCACUGGCUCUGGUGGCCAAGCAUGCCACAUCCGAGGAUCCCGUCGUCGCAGCUGGACUGGAUUUGGGAUUGGGGUCUGGUUCUGGCAUUGCCACCAUAUCGAAAAGGAUAGUGAAACCGCAAAGUCAUCGGGUGGCCACGCCGCUGCAAUCCGACACGGACACCGAUGGCACGCCCAUCAAGCCAUGGUCCAAGCUGAAACUGGCCACCCUAAUGUCCUCGAGCUACACGAGCUUAACCAACUGUUCGCCGGAUGAUCUGGCCUCACCGCUGAAAAACUACUCGCUGAGCAACAUACCGCAGCAGAUGGAGACGCAUCCGCGACCACGUCACCGUAGCGCCAGAAGUAGUUCGAGAUCGCCGCGUCAUGGACACCAUCAUCACCAUCAUCAUGGCCAUCACCAGCAGGGUCAGAUUCAGGGGCCAAGCUCUGCGAGCACCAACGGCUCCUCAACCAGUCAGGUGAACCAGGUGACGGCCAGCGCGAGGAGGGAUUACCUGCGUCUCCAGAAGCCGGAGCAGCAUUUGCCCGAUGGCGAACUGACCGAACUGGGCGGCAAUGGACGGCGGAAGCUUUACCAGAGCGUGUUCGAUCUCUCGCCGGAAUACUGCGGACUGCCGUUCGUCAAGCGAUUGAAGAUCCUGAAUGAGCGCCAGAAGCUGGCGGAACUGGAGCGGGCGCUGCAAACCCGUAGCUUUAGCCUGGACUGCUCCAAAUCCGGGCCGGAUAGCAAGGUGCCCAUCACGGAGUCAUUGUAUCGUUGCUAUAGCGACACCUCCGGCAUCUAUUCGCAGUUCCUCAGCACGUACGAGUCCACCACCAGUUCCACCUCGAUAUCCACUAAUACUUCCGCCUCUGCAUCGGCAUCGGCAUCCGCCUCCGCUUCCGCAUCCGCAUCCGCAUCGGAUAGCAACUCCAGGCAGUUGCAGUACGUGCCCCUGCCACUCAGUCCCGAAUCGAAUGAGACCAUGGAGCGGCGCAAGCUGAAGAGCAUACUCAAGAAACUCCAGAUGGGCGGUGGUCAGCAGGAGGAGGCGGGGGCGGGAAUGGUAACGGGAGCGGGGUCAAAGGUCAAGUCCAGUGCCAGCCAAAAGGGGCAAGGCCUGCCGGCGGAGCCGACCUUGGAAGGCCCGCCCGCCAGUGCCAAGGAGGAGGAAUCUCCCUUCGGCGGUGCUGCGGCGCUCGGUUCGGUGAAUAAUGGUUGCGGUAACGGUAACGGUAGUGGUAACGGUAACGGUACGGUUAACGAUAGCAGUGCUAAUACGAGUUCGCAUCCGAGUAAAAACAACAACGGCAACAGUGCGUAUACGUGUCAUCCAGCACCGGCGGUGGCAUUUCCGUUUCCGGUACCCAUUGCACCAGCUCAUUCCGGCUCAGUUCCACUUCCAUUGGAGCCCGGAGCUCCGUCGAAUGUCUGGUCGCCGACGUUGACGUUGGUAACGCCCACGAAUUCGCCGCAGGAGAGCUUCGCGUUUCCCGCCCAACUGCAUGGGGAGUUGGGCGGACGCGGAAUCGUUGGUGGCGUUGGCAGCGGCUCAGCGUCGCUGUUGCCAGCGGGAGCGGGAGCGGGCGCAACUGCAUCCGCAUCCGCAUCCACAUCCACAUCCACGUCCGCCUCCUAUGUCGUCGAGUGUUCAGCGUCGUCGAAUCAGAUUCUCCAUGCCCAGUCCACCACUGAUUUGAAUUUGAAUUUGCAGCUCAGGCAGAACACGACCAGUGCGAUGGGUGGAACGGGUCCAGGGCAGCGGAUCGAAGGCUUCCCGGAGGCACAGGACUACUUCAAUCAGAUCCUGAACGGCAUCAACCAUGUGAUCAAGACGCACAUGAACGAGAUGCACUCCAAGUUCGAGACGCAAUUCUCCAGCAUGGCUGGUGAGGUGCGGCGCCGCGACGCCAUCAUUGCCCAGCUGCAGCUCAAGCUGCGCUCCAUAGAGGGCAAGUCCACGGCGCCAGCGGCAUCCUCAUCCUUAUCCUCCUCCGCCAUGGUACUGCCCAUCAGCCGGCGCCAGAAGAAGAUGCCCCAGCUGUCGGUGGACGACGAUGAGCCGCCGGAGGAGGAGGACAACAGCAGUUCGGGAUCUUCAGCGGAACUUUUGUUUAUGCGAGGAGACUCCCUGGACACGGUGUUCACCUCAUCGCCGCCCAUUCAAGGCGGCAGGCGCAGCAUAUCGCCGGGUCCCAGUCGUCAUCAUGCGGCCUCGGCGAACGCACUCAACUGUCCGAGCAGCUACUAUGGAGGACCCGGCUCCCUGAGCUCCCGCCACGCCCAGAGCCACCCCAGCUUCUAUUCCGGCCAGGGCAAUGGACGCAGCAGCGGGCGCAGCAGUGGCUAUCGCGAGUGGAGCGACGCACCGGAGACUGAACACCUGGGCAGCAGGAGCGGGAGCGGAACGAGCGGUGCCGUCAUGGUGGCGGAUGUCACGGGCAAUCUGGCCCGUCUGUCGGACAGCGUGAUCCUCGACAUUGGCGAGAGCUCCAGUUCAAGCUCCUCGUCCAGCAAGAUAAACAUGGCCGAUGUGGACGACGAGGAGGAGGAUCCGCGGGGACGAGAUGCCCGAAACGUGGAGGACAUGGAUGACGGCGGAGGUGGUGUGGCGAGCCACAACGACUGGGAGGUGCAGAUGCUGGCCGCCGAGAUGGAGCGGCAGGAACGGAAGCGUGGUCACUCCCUAUCCGACAAUCUGGGCGACCUGAAGCACUGCAGCACGUUUCUGCGGCGACGCCGGAAGUUCAGCGACACGGAAACGGAAUUUAGUGAGACGGAAAUGGAGGAGCAGUUGGCCAGAUCGGCCAGCGGCUCCAUGGAGCCCAGCGGAUCCGCACCAUCUAGCUCUGGAGCCGGUGGCUCCACAUCUGCGGGACACCAAAGCGGCAGCCAGCGACCGCGGGCCUCCAGUCUGGAUCAGUUCAAUCUGCGCUACGGCAUCGGACGCGGAAUCUUUAAAGCAAUGAGCAUCGACCGUGAUAAAGACAAGCUUUGAGAACUAUAAUUGCGACCAAAUCUAACCCGAUCCCGAUCCUGGUCCCCAUCCUGUUCCGAGUUCCGAUUCCCAACCCCAACGCGGCCAGAAGCACGUUCAACCGCAGACAACCAAUAAGCAAUGGAAUUUGGACAGUAUUACAAGACAUGGUACAAGAACUAGGUAUAUGUAUAUGAUAUACAAAACUAAGAAGAUGUCAGGACAUAUAGAUCUAUAUUCUAUAUAUGUUUAGCCCUAACGAAAACCCCCCAGCAGAAGAAUCGAUAUAUACACAUAUAAAGUAAAACCCCAUUGAGAUUUAUAUAUAUAUAUACAUAUAUAUAUAUAUAAAACAUGUAGAUUUAACGGAAACAACAACUACUAAGAACCGAGAAACAAAACACACAAAUAGCCAGAGAGUGUUCCCACCCCGGUUCCAAUUACUAUUCAUUUCGCUUUUCUUGAUCCCUUUUGGUAUAUUCUUGCAAAAUGGUAAUAUUUUAACACUAGGUUAGAUUUAUCCGGUGCAUAAAUAUUAUUAUUUCGUUUUAGUUACAUGCUAUUUACAAUAAUAUUUCCUUAAGUACUUAUUUUCCUUAUAAAGUCACUUUUAAAGAUAAAUACAUUUUAACCAGAGCCUAAGUCGUUUAAUAUCAUAUCUUUUUCUAUUUUUUUAAUUGCUCUAUCAUUAUGCAAGUGUACUUGAGGGUCUUUUAAUAUUUUCUUAGAUUUUGUUUCAAAAAAAUUGCCAAAUUUGUGUGACCCUGUGAGAGAGUGUAUGUGCGUAGAAGAUAAUUCCCACAUUAAAACCGUCCUGAAAAACGUCCAUGCCACGAUGCGCAUGUUUGUUCAUUUUGUAUGUAUCUCUGAAACUGUAACCGCAAAUAUGAUGAAAAUCGGCAUUUGUAUCUACAUCCCUAUCAUCUCGAUCCGAACCCAAAUCGGUAUAUUGAUCAGUUGCUCGUUUAGUUCGUGGACGGCGGGGGCCUGGGCCUCUCUACAGAUGUAUAUACCUCUUAUUGUUAGAGACUAUGGAACAUAUAUAUACAUAUAUAUUUUAAGUACGUACAUAUAUACACAGAAUUAUACAUAGUUAUAUAUCUAUAUAUGAACUAGUCUAAUGAAAACCGAAAGCUUUAAUAACUUAUAUAAAAAACUAUUUAAGAAACAUUUUAAAUACUAAUCGAUUCGGACAAAUGUUUUGAAAUAGAACAGGCCAAACCCAUUUUCAACACAACUAAAUAAAAAAAAAAGGGAAAUUGAAAUGAAAAUGAAAUUGAAAACAAACACACUAAACACAUACAUAAGGCAUACACCUGCAUACGAAUAUCUAAAUAUAGAGCCUAUAAUAUGCAUAGAUUAGCGAUUUACUUGUUGAACACCCUCGGUUAAGCCUAUCGAAGCGUUAGUCAGACCUAUCGAAAAACUUAGACUAGCUCUAUAAACCUUAAGCCUCCAAAGUCCCAGCAUCCAUUCGGUUUUGUUCACCUGAUUCCUUGCUUGUCCUUCUAACCCUUGACCUCUGACCUUCACCUCAUCCUCCAAUUCUAACUAGAGAAACUAUCUCGCCAUAAGAAAGGCAACUCUAGCACUUAAGUAGCUUAGUGCAGUUCAAGAUCUAUUUCGAAACCGAAUCGAGUCUGUCGCACCGCCGCCGAAAACAAAAAUGUAUCUCAAGACUAUGUAGGCAGGAAGCACGAUUAUUGAUUGUUGCUUUUUCACUUUUGAUUUCUAUUGUUGCUCCGAACUAAUCGCUUAACUAAGGACAGUUACUAGCCAGGCCCUAGACGCACUCAGACGGUAGAGUCCGUAGAGAAAAGUUAGACAACCAACUCUAGAGUUUCGUAGUUUCAACUAGCCACAAAAAAGGAUGUUAGGCUGUACUCAAGCCACUUACUAUCGCUCUGGCUACUUCGGCUAUCGAUAACUAUCGUACUGUACUAAGCGCACUAACCUACACACACGAUCACAAUACAAACACACCCACACUUUUCAAAUUAAAAAGUCAAAGUUAGUAUUAGAUAUUACAUCUAUUCAAGUAUCUUGAAAAAGUGUUCCUACCUUCUGUGGUAGGAACAGAUUUAAAUUUAUGCAAAUUUUAACGAGUAAGCAAUAUUUAUCGAUGACUUUCCUCAAAAACAUCGAUAAAUACCGAUUAUUACUUAAAAUUGACACCACUUCCUGGGGAUAAGCAUAUUUCGUUGAUUUUUUAUGAGAACUUCGUAAAUAAUGUACUCAAAUAAAUUUGAAAAAAUAUAUAUAUUAAGUUGUAAUCUCAAUAGAUGAUUUACUUGUAAACCUCUCGAAAUUUUUUAGUUUAGUAAACACUAUUUGGAAUCGCCUGAAACUAGACCUAAAAUACUUGAAGUAUUUGUAAAAAACCGAAGAAAAAUGCUUUCCCUCUUUGAAUAAUAUGUAUUUCUCCGAAACUAGUCCACAGCAACAUAAAAAACCUGAAAAUCAAGGAACAAGGAAUUCUCAAAUGGGUUCAAUACAAAGAAAACCAAAGCAACCAAAACCAAAAAGUACACAAAGAAGCAAAACUUAAAUGGGUCACAGCCAGAUAAGCAGUCCAACUAAAUAUAAUAAGACAAAACGACAAGCACAACACUUAUGUAAUUCAAAGCACAGUCGAAAGAUGGAGCAGGAGUAACUCUAUAAGGAUUUGAUUUAGUCGUUUAUUGGGUUCAUUUGUUGAGGAGGCCGAGAUUGAAUGCCAAGGUGGAGAACCAUUUUAAUUGAAUUACAUACGCCAGGGACCACAAAAUGUCUUUUUUUUUUCUCUUUUUUAUAUAAACGUGUAAACACAAUAGGAAGUCCUAGCAAAGUUAAUGAUAAAAUUGCAAAUUGCCCAAAAGAGGAGAGUGUUAUUGACCAGAAGGUAGCUAUCAUAUAAUCAUCGAUAUAUCCUUAGCCAGGCACCCAUUAUAUAGGCCCCAUUCCCGAUAUAUAUAUAAAUCCUUAUAUAAACAAGUAUGUCUAACUGAUUUCUUACUUACCACUCACUCUCGGUUCAAUUGUUGUCAGUCAACGAAAAGCUCUGUGAGUCAAUUAUGUAUAUGGAUCAUUUUUAAUCGAUUGUUUUUAACUGAAGAUAUGCCAGAUGACCGAUUAUGACCUACUCUGUAUUGUACUAUAUUGCAUUGAAUACCGCGGAUUGUUGUCGUUGUUGAUUUUAAAUUUUAAAUUGCUCGUACUUAAGUUACCGAUAUUUUUGUACAUUAGUUUAAGGUAGCGCAUAAUAAGUCCCACGAGUCUAGAGUAAAAUCCUAUAUGAAUGUAUAAAUACAUUUUUUUUUCUCCUAAUUGCUAAUUUCGCAAUGUUGACCGAAUACUAAAGAGAAUGUACUUAUAGUGAAAUUAUACGCAAAAAAAUAAUUUAAACUAAACUAAAUGAGAACUAAAGCAAAGCAAAAAUGAAAACAAACUAAGAAAUUAGCACAUGUUAAUGAAGCGCAAAUAAAAGUGAAAUACAAAACGAAUAUGACAACAAACUUGCCUUCGGUUGCAAGUUACUUUGUAGUGUGCCAAAUCUACAUCAUAUCAGCUUUUACUCACCACAAGGUAUGAUGUUGCUGCAAAAUAAUACGAACCCCAAUUCGAACACUAAAUGAAACCACGAAAAACCAAUGCAAGUGAAGCCAAAUCCCCAGCAGGCAAGGUGAAAUUUGAAUGAGAUAUCGAGGCAAGCAGAACUUAUUUGAAUAAAAGAAGAAAAUGUAAAAAAAAA